AUAAAUAAAUAAUAAAAAAAGACUUUCCUGAAGUAAUAUGUGUAGCAAGAAGAAAGUGGGUUCAACCGACAAUACGUGUCUUUACAGGGGCUGUUCUGGAAAUCAAGAAAAAGAAAAAAAUUCGAGAGAUGAGCAACCAUUUUUAGCUCUUCCAAUACCCGAAGCGAAAAUCCAUUUUCUCCAUAGGUAUCUAAUUUGUGAAACUGGAAUGAAACUUUUGGAUUUUGAUUUCCAGUUUCUUGACAUAUGUGUUUGUGUGUGUAUUUAUGUACGCACAUGUGUGCAGUAAGCUUACGAAUAAGGUUUGGGGGAUUUCACAUUUCUCAUUGAGAUAAAGUAACUUGAUCAGUGUGCUUUUGGUCUGCGAAGAGUUCGCCUGUUCGCAAGAAAAUGAAUGAGAAUAACAGGGGACGAGUACGAUGGGACGAGGCUAACUUGGGUGAAAUUGAAGCAACUAAACCUGUAAGGCAGAAAAUUACUGAGCCAAAGACACCAUAUCAUCCCAUGAUUGAUGAUGAUGAUGGAUCUCUAUCUCCUAUACGGAAUUAUUUCGAUGAAAGUGUUCCUGAUGGUGUGGAUGCGGAAGCAAUACGAACUGCGUUGACUGAUGUAGCGUCAUCGAGUAGAGAGAAUACCCAGAGAUCCGGUGGCUGGACGUCAUCUGAUGACGAGGCAGAUGCUAUGGAACAGGAUGACGAAGAUCCUGAAACAGAUAAAAACGGUAGAAGUUUCAGGGAGCACAGGAGAGCUCACUACGACGAAUUCUGGAAAGUAAAAGAACUCCGGAGGAAAGGUUCUUUCCUUGAAGACGAAGAAGAGGAUGAGGCAGAUAAGCAAAGGAAAAGUGCUCUGUCUUCAUCACUAGCCGCUGGCGGUGUCACGGGUGUUGACAUUGAUGAAAAAGCUAGUGCUACUUAGGUGAGAAAUCCUCUGGUGCUUCAGCUAAUGGAGUGUAAGAUCAAGUAGACCUGGCCAAGACAUUUUAACAGAGAACUUUCUAUUAUAAAUUUGUAUGGCUUUUGGACAGUGUCCUAUGAAUGGUAUCUGUUGUGUACAAAUAGUCUUACUCUCUUCGUGUAUUUCUCAUUCAACAGUAUUUCAUUAGACUAUUUCAUAAUUUUCAUCUUUAA